UAGGUCUGUGUUAUAGACCAUGUGGGAUAGUAAAUAUUGAAUUUACAAUACCUUACUCAAUGUUUAUGUUUUGUCUUAAUCAUAUUCAUUAAACUUUUUAGUCAAAGUCAUCAUGGAAAAUGAAAUAUCUUCUUGGAAUAUGUUGAAUGGUCUCAGUUAUAUUUGUAAAGUGAACAAAAUAUGUGCUUCGAAACUGCUUAAUUAUCUUUCAAAGCAGAUAUGGUCACAGCAGGACAGAGAAGCACUAGUCAAGCAACUCUCUGAUCUUCUUCUUCAUUCAGAGUGUAUAGUUGAUAUUUGUGUAUGCUUUAGACCACUGAUACUAGAACUUGCUCACAGGCUGCUUCACACAAUUUUAAAGGACAAACAUUCCAACGUUGAACUGUUGAAAAAAUUUGCAGUUCUGAUUAGUCAUGGAUUUUGUGUUAGCCCCGAAUUACAAAGGUUUGCUGUAGAUUUUGUAAGACAACAUAAACCUUUCUUACAGACAGAAAUCUAUGUUGAUGGAGAGCCCUCUAAGAAAAAGAAAAAGAAACAUCAAAUAGCUGACUUGGACUGGUGUUGUGCGAUGUGGAACUAUCUGCUUUACCUACCUGAGUUAUCAGACAGCUUAGAUCUGCACCAUCUCACUGAUUAUUUAUCUUCUAGCAACUCUUUGGUCAGAUGGUUUGCUGCUUUGUCUUUGAGUAGACAUUUACAUUUGUCUGAAUGUGAGCGUAAUGUAUUUUUGAACAAAUACUUUUCAUUGGAAGAGCAACGAUUGUUAUUAUUGAGAACAGAAAAAGAAAAACUGAACAGUGAGAAAAAAGUAUUGUUAGCCAAAGGAAUAUUGCAAGUAGAAAGGCUGGGCACAUCACAGAGCUACACAAAGCAAAGUUUAUUGAACAGUGAUAUGAGUGAAAGUGUCCUGAGUUUCAUGGGAAUAUUAUUACCAAUGGUGCACAUCCAGUCUACAGACCAUCGAACAUGGAAUCCUCUGGUUCUGGUACCAUCAACACAACAUCAUCUAAAAAGUCUAGCACUUGCUGUGGCAAGCUGUAAGCCAGUCAUGCUUCAAGGCCCAGUCGGCUGUGGGAAGACAUGCUUAGUUGAGCAUCUAGCACACAUUACUGGACGUACCAGAGCACCCUACCUUUUGAAAAUUCAGCUUGGAGACCAGACAGAUAGUAAAGCCCUUCUAGGUACAUACUGUAGUACUGAAGUACCAGGUGAGUUUGUCUGGAGAGCUGGUGUACUCACUAGAGCUCUGUAUGAAGGGAGCUGGCUGCUGUUAGAAGAUGUUGAUACUGCUCCCAUGGAUGUGUUAUCCUUAUUGAUAGCCCUGGCAGAGACUGGGAAGUUAUCAGUUCCAGGUCAUGGGGAUGAAAUCAGAGCAUCGCCAGGUUUUCAACUGUUUGUGACCAGAAGACUCCACAGUACUUCAGAUGGAUUAUAUGAAAGUAAAAGUGGCCACUGUUCAGGCCUUGAAAAACUGUGUUCUGUUAUCAACUUGGAGCCUUUAUCUAGAGAGGAAUUAAAGGAGGUGAUCACUGUAAUGUACCCAGUGUUGGAACCAGUUGUGGAUAAACUUUUAGACAUUUAUUUCAUGCUGUCUUCUGGGAGACAUCACUCAAUCAUUGCUGGGGAAGAAGAAAUCCACACACUUGGAAAGUUUAUUACUUUGGAUGGACGUCCUAUUUCUACCAGAGACCUGAUGACAUGGUGCAGUCGUUCAGCUGUAAACUUCAAUCACAUGGAAACAUCUCAAGGUGUCAAAGUGUUUCUUGAAGCUUUGGAUUGUUUUGUAUCUUGUCUUUCUAAAAACACUAAGAGAAUUGCAUUGGCAGCAGCCAUAGGAGAGAAAUUGAAUGUCACAGAGGAAAGGGCCAAAUAUUUUUGUACUGAGUAUAAACCUAGUCUGGAGGAUUCAGUCAACUUUUUGAAAAUAGGGAGAGACAGUUUGAAAAAACAAAAGCAAAUAUUACAAAGUAAACCAGCACCAACAUUUUCAUACACAAGAUCUUCAAUGGUGUUAUUGGAAAAGGUAUCAGUUUGUAUACAACGCAAUGAGCCAGUUUUAUUGUGUGGAGAAACUGGUACUGGGAAAACUUCAACUAUUCAUUUCCUGGCCCAUCAUUUAGGUCACAAGCUUCAUGUUAUUAAUUUAAAUCAACAAAGUGACAGCACAGAUCUUCUUGGAGGGUUUAAACCAGUGGACUUUAAGUUUGUUAUGAAGCCUCUUAGAGAAGAAUUUGAAACAUUGUUUUGUGAAUGUUUCUCUAGAGCUCAAAAUGAAAAAUUUUUAUCUCAUAUACAGACUUUAUUUGCUAAAAAGAGAUGGAAGGAUCUACUAAUUUUAUUUGAAGCUCCAAUAAACAAAGCACUGAUGAAAUAUGAUCAAGAGAGCUUGCAAUAUGCUGAGUGGAACAAAGUAAAAAACAGAAUCAAUGAGCUACGUCUUCAGAUUAGAGAAGCAGAAAAUGUUUUGGCAUUUUCUUUUAUUGAAGGAGCCUUGGUGAAAGCCUUGAAAAAUGGAGACUGGGUUCUUUUGGAUGAGAUCAACCUUGCUGCUGCUGAAACACUGGAGUGUUUGAGUGGCCUUCUAGAAAGUGUAUCAGGAUCAGUAGUACUGACAGAGAGAGGGGAUGUAGAGCCAGUCAUAAGACAUCCUGACUUUAGGCUGUUUGCCUGUAUGAACCCAGCCACUGAUGUUGGGAAAAAAGAUUUGCCUGUUGGAAUAAGAAAUAGAUUGACAGAGUUUUAUGUUGAGGAGUUGGAAUGCCCCAAAGAUCUGAGCACCUUGGUUCGAGAUUAUCUUACUGGCUUGUCUCUAUCCUCAAAACAAAUAGCUGGAAUUGUCAAUUUCUACCUGAAUAUUAAAAAUGAUCCUUCAGAUAAAUUGACAGAUGGCACAGGGCACAAACCACAUUAUAGCCUGCGCACAUUAUGUCGAGCUUUAAGAUUCUGUGGAAGAAAUCCUUGUCAAAGUGUCCCAAGAUCUCUAUAUGAGGGUUUCUGUUUAAGUUUCCUAACCCAACUGGACAGAGCCUCUCAUCCAACAGUCUGUCAGCUGAUAUGUAAACAUCUUCUCCCCAAUGAUUCUUCCAAAGCUGUGUUGUCACAGAAGCUGCCUAAACCAGAGGGUGACUUUAUUAAUGUAGCUGACUACUGGAUCUCGAAAGGUCAACUUAAGCCAAUAAUACCUCAGCAUUAUAUCCUGACAGCAUCAGUGAAACUUAACUUGAAAGAUCUAGCCAGGGUGGUGUCCGCAGGAAAACAUCCAGUCCUGUUACAAGGUGAGACUUCAGUUGGCAAAACAAGUUUAAUUCAUUAUUUGGCUCAACUUACUGGCAAUGUGUGUCUAAGAGUGAACAAUCAUGAACACACAGACAUCCAAGAGUAUAUUGGCUCUUAUGUUGCUGAUGAACUUGGCAAGCUGGUCUUUAAAGAUGGUGUUUUGGUAGAAGCUAUGAGGAAAGGUUAUUGGAUUAUUUUGGAUGAACUUAAUCUGGCACCAACAGAUGUUCUAGAAGCUUUAAAUAGAUUGUUGGAUGACAACCAAGAAUUAUUUAUCCCAGAAACCCAGGAGAUGGUUCAAGCUCAUCCCAAAUUCAUUUUGUUUGCUACCCAAAAUCCUCCUGGUCUUUAUGGAGGAAGAAAGAUUUUGUCAAGAGCAUUCCGCAAUCGCUUCAUUGAACUUCACUUUGAUGAGAUCCCCCCCUCAGAACUUGAAAUUAUUCUGCAUGAAAGAUGUGAAAUUCCUUUAUCUUAUGCUAAGAAGCUGGUGUCAGUCAUGUUAGACUUGCAGACACAUCGCAGAGGCUCUGGCAUAUUUUUUGGUAAACAUGGCUUCAUGACACUGAGAGAUUUGUUCCGAUGGGCUACAAGAUAUAAAUGUCCUGAUGCUGGAGAAGGAGAAACAUUUUAUGAUUGGGAUCAACACUUAGCUGAACAUGGUUAUUUACUUCUUGCUGGUCGAGUAAGAAAAAUUGAAGAGGAAACUAUCAUCAAAGAGGUACUGCAGAAACACUUCAAAAGGAUAUUGGAUGUUAAUUCUUUGUACAGUAUCACACCUGGGACGUCUGGCCCCAUUCAAAGAUUGUUGUCUGGUGUAAUGGAACAACAACUUCCAGGAUUUCAGCAGAUAGUUUGGACAUACAGUAUGAGAAGAUUGGCUGUACUGAUUGGCCAGGCAAUCAAGUUCAAGGAACCUGUUCUAUUAGUUGGAAGCACUGGAGUUGGCAAGACUACUAUCUGUCAGUUGUAUGCAGCCAUGCAAGGGAAAAAACUGUAUUCUAUUAAUUGCCAUAUGCAUACUGAAAGUGCUGAUUUCCUAGGAGGCUUAAGACCUGUUAGGUCUCGAGAAAAUUCUGAGAAAUGUGAAAAUCAAAAGUUGUUUGAAUGGAAAGAUGGUCCAUUGAUUCUUGCUAUGAAAGAGGGCUCCAUGUUUUUAGUGGAUGAAAUUUCACUGGCUGAUGAUUCAGUUUUAGAAAGAUUAAACAGUGUGCUGGAACCAGAAAGAACAUUAGUACUUGCUGAAAAAGGUGGGACUGAAUCAACUGUGACCACAGAGAUUGAAAUAUUGAGAGCUGAUGAACAGUUCCAAGUGUUUGCUACCAUGAACCCUGGAGGAGACUUUGGUAAAAAAGAACUUUCUCCAGCUCUGCGUAACAGAUUUACAGAGAUUUGGUGUCCCCAGUCAUUAGAACAUAGUGAUCUUGUUGCCAUCAUUGAAAAAAGUAUAACAUCGGAUGCACGUCUGUAUGCUAGCCCAGAUGGAACUAGUGGGUUUGGUCAUGCCAUCAUGGAGUUUAUUGAGUGGUUCCUAGCUACAGAUCUUGGUAGAAGGACUACUGUCAGUAUCAGAGAUAUCAUCAACUGGGCUUACUUUAUAAAUACCUGUACAUCUAGUCAUGAGGACUCUCAUGUAUUGGACCCUAUCACUGCCUAUAUACAUGGAGCUUGUAUCAUAUUUAUUGAUAGUCUUGGCACAGGAUCAACUAGUUCUAUACCAGAACACAGAAGUCAUGUUUCUCGCAUAGCCUGUCUUCAGUUCCUACACCAGCAACUAGUUAGAUUGACUGGAGUAAGUGUAGACUUUAACAAGUGUGGCUUACUUUUCCAAUCUGCCAAUGUAGAGAAGUCUUUGGUUGUUACAGAGAACACACUGACAAUAUAUCCUUUCACUAUCAGGAGAGAUCCUGUCAAGUAUACCAAUGAUGAGCCCUUCACUUUUGAUGCUCCAACUACUUAUAUGAAUGCACAGAAACUUCUUCGUGCUCUCCAGUUGUCUCGCCCAAUACUGCUUGAAGGCUCACCUGGUGUUGGGAAAACUACUCUUGUAGCUGCAGUUGCCAGAAUGGCUUGUAAAAAGUUUACCAGGAUCAAUUUGUCAGAACAGACUGAUGUGACAGAUUUGUUUGGUGCUGACCUUCCAGUGGAGGGAGGGGAAGCUGGAAUGUUUGCCUGGAGAGAUGGUCCAUUUCUACAAGCCUUAAAAGCUGGACAUUGGGUCAUUCUUGAUGAGCUAAAUCUGGCCUCACAGUCUGUGUUAGAGGGUCUGAAUGCUUGCUUUGAUCACAGAGGGGAAAUCUACAUUCCAGAGCUGGGCAAAAUGUUUUAUAUUCAGCCAGACCAAACUCGCAUUUUUGCUUGUCAGAACCCACUGUCUCAAGGAGGAGGAAGAAAAGGCUUGCCACAGUCUUUUCUAAACAGAUUCACUCAGGUUUACAUUGAUCCCUUGACUAAAGAUGAUCUUGUCUACAUUCUAUCAACCCUUUAUCCUGAGUUUCCUAAAGAUAUGUUGUCAGCAAUGAUGGAGUUCAAUUCAAAGGUUUUAGAAGACACAAUGGAGAAGAAGUUGUGGGCAGUGAAAGGCUCUCCUUGGGAGUUUAACUUGAGGGAUCUGUACAGGUGGUGUGACUUGCUCAAACAGAAUCAGAGCUCUUCAAGUUUCAAUCCAGGAGAGUAUAUUGGACUUAUCUAUGUAGAUAGGAUGAGAACACUGGCAGACAAACUGAAGAUGGAAGAGAGAUACAUAUCAACUAUGGGCUCCAGAUAUCCACUGUACACAUCUUCUAGAAAGCUUCACUUUGGACAGACAACUUUACAGGUUGGACAUUCCUUCCUGGUUAGAGAGAAUCCAUUCUGGAAUGCAUCCACUGGUACUGUGGUCAUACUACAUCAUCAUUUAGAAAAGAUGGAAUCUCUGAUGAAAUGUGUAGAGAUGGGAUGGUUGGCCAUUCUGCUUGGUUCCCAGUCAACUGGUAAAACUAGUCUGGUCAAACUACUGGCUCAACUAACUGGAAAUACUCUUGUAAUUCUUCCCAUGAACAGUUCCAUGGAUACCAUAGAACUCUUAGGUGGUUUUGAGCAGACGGAUGUAUGGAAACACAUUGGAGACAUUAGCUCAUUAAUAUUACAAGAAAUCAAACAGUUACAAAGAAAGUGUCUCCUGGCUGAAGAUGUAAAAGAAAAGUCCAAAGUUGAGAGUUUAGAAAGACAUUGGUCAGAAUAUAUUCAUUUACCUAGAUCAACUGAAGGCAUGUCAAGUGAAGAGCAUCAAAGUCUACUGAAGCAACAUGUUCAGCAUUUACAAACUAUUGUAUUACUUUUGGAGAAAGUCAAACAGAAAGACCUGGACAAUGGUGUACUUAAUGUUGGACAUCAGCUGGCCCAUCUCAUCAAUACUUUAUCAAAUAGGAAGUCUGGAGUUUGUGGUGGGGGAACUUUUGAGUGGGUGGACAGUGUUCUGGUCAAGGCACUUCAGAAUGGUCAUUGGCUUCUGAUAGAUAAUGUGAAUUUUUGCUGUGCAUCAGUUCUGGAUCGACUAAAUGCUCUCCUAGAACCUAAAGGAAUUCUUAGUAUCAAUGAAAGAGGAACAGUUGAUGGAGUGACUGUAAACAUUGUACCCCACCCACAGUUUAGGUUAUUCUUUGCUAUGGACCCCAAGCAUGGAGAAAUGUCUAGGGCCAUGAGAAAUAGAGGUGUUGAAAUAUGUCUCCUUGGUGAAGAUGAUGAUUGCCCCUUCAGUAAAGAAGAUGUCAGCUUUAUGUUGCAAGUUGUAGGGUUGGCAAGUCCAAAACUCUUGGAUUGGUUAAUUGCUUUACAUUCAGCAAUGAGAUCCCAGUUACCUUAUGGUGAAAAGCCUGUCAUGGCUGAUCUGCUGCAUGCUGGGAGUUUACUGUCUCAGCUAUUGGCUAAAGGUUACUGUCUUCCUGAGGCAUCAAGACAUAUUAUUCAGGAUGUAUAUGUCAGUGCAACAAAAUACUCUACCACAAAACAGAUUGCUAAAGAUUUAGCUGUUCAAUGUUUGAGUGAACUCCCUUUAUGUGAUCAAGAGGAAGUAACCAAGACAGUAUUGCCUAGAUUAAAGAUGUCACUUAUUAAUGAUGUGUCUUAUUUAAGUCAAGUCAAAAUGGCUUCUGUUGUACUGUUAUCUAUUUUACAAGACGUAUCUGGAGAGUCUGAGCAACUGAUCCAAGAUAAAAUCAAAUCUGAGGCAGCUGCAUCCAUUUUUGUAAGACUUCAGUCUGAAGAGAGUUGGCAGCUUUCACUUGAUUGGCUAAGUAUGAUGACCUCUGAGAACUUCAGCAGUAGGGACUUAGUAUUCCAGUCCUUCACAGACAGAAUUAGAAAGCUGCUAGCUGCUAGUCUUACUCACAUUUUUAACUCAUUGACAUGGAAGCAACUACAGAAUGUUCUGCAAAAAAUAUUUUGUACUUCCAUACCAGCAUUGUCAUUGAUGUGCAAACAAAGUUGGGAUUUGAACAUGAAUCCCCAGGCCUGUCAGCGGGCUUUGGUGAUGUUGGGUGAUGUUGACACCAAGACUCAGCAUAAUUUGAAUGUUUUAAAGAGUUUUACUCAAAGACUUGAGAUGUUACAACAUUGUUGCCAGGUUGCCUUUAACCUAAAAGAGAAAUUGGACACCAUGGAUCAGGCAAAAGGUAACAAGACACAACACAAAGUUGUUGGCCUUGUCUCUUUGUUUCUAUCAGAAUUAGCUGAUUCUCUUCCCGACUUAGUGCUUACUAUGGACCAAGAAACUUUAGAACAGUUAAACAAGUCUUACUUGCAGCUCCACUGGCUCUAUUAUUUGGCAGAUACAGCUGUAUGCAGCCAGAGUCUGCCUAAAGAAGUGUUCUUAGCUUUCCUUUCUCUUCACUGGCAUUGGGUUGUGGAUAAACUCAGCAGUUUGAUGGCACACAGCACUAGCACUAAUUCCAAGCUGUACAUGGCUUCUGAAGAACUGAAACGUCAUUUGGGAGGAGGUGACAACCAAGUGAAAUUGUACAUUAGGUUCUGGCAUUCUUUUGGUCACCCAAGAAGCUAUGCCACUCAAGUGGAAGCAGAUUUUGCAGCUGAUGUGAACAGCGUUAGAACAUCUUUGAAUACUUGUCAUGUUGGUACAUUGGAAAAGAUCAAGUCAAAGGUUGAGCUUCUGGCUGGUACCCCUAUAGUCCAGCAGUUGUGGAACAUGAUGAGGCUGUUGGACCAAGGACAAUGGUUACAGGCUCAGGAAGAUUUGGUUCAUGUGAAGCAGAUAUUGUCACAAACAUCAAAUUUGAGCCAGAACUUCCCCUCAAGACUUGUCAGUUUAUGGCCUCUGUUUGAUCACUUGGCACUGGUAGUAGAAAUGUCACUGUAUUCUGGUACCAGUUGUUUGGAAGAUGAAGAGAUUUGUCAGGACUAUAUUUUAACACAUAUUCCUCGUCUACCUGGUUUCACUUGUCAUGAUGUACUGAACCAAAUGUGGGGGUCACCAUCAAGCUACAACCACCACCUGUGGAUAGAAUGGCCAAUAAGUGAUGAAGAACUUCUUGUGAGAGAAGUCAAACCAGGCCCUGCUGUGUUUCACCAAGCCAUAAUGUCCAAGUUUAUCAUGCACACCUUGACCAGACAUUCCACAUUGACCAGUGCUGAUCCCCUUCCAUUACACAUUGCUUUGGGUAGACUAGAGGAAGAAAGGCAACAGUUGUCACACAUCUCUAGACAUGUCUGGGCUCACAGUGCAACCUUAGCUAAUACACAGUAUGGUAUCAAUGUAUUUGAACAACACUUCUUGCUAGAAACUUUUAUGGAAAUGUUAUCUGCCCUUGGCUCAUCACUAUUACCUCCCCUCGAAGUCACUGCCUGGCAGCAACAUGUAAGAAAUGUAUUGUCUGAGCACAAGGAAGUCCCAGAGCACAUUCUGACAGACUUAGAGAAUAGACUCAAUCUUAACUCCCUCUCAUUGCAAGAUGGCCUCAAAUCAGAUAUUGCAUUGUGUUUUCACCAUAUGAGACAAGUAAUGACCAAUAUGGAACCAGAGAGAAGGAAAGCUAUUGUUGGAAGUGGUCUGGUUUAUGUGGGACUUGUUCUGGCUGAGCUCUUAUCACCUAAAGGACCUGUUGAUCCCAUGCAGAAAUCAAGAAUAAAACUGGAACAUUUUCAGCAGGAGUCUAAAGAAAUUCACUUUGAACUUGAAGCAUGGUGUACUUAUUUAAGACAGACAACAGGCAGAAGGUUAUCUGAGACUCCUCAAGAAUAUUAUCAUCCCAGGGUUGUUCAACUGUUACAGAGACAGUUGUAUUUGAAAGAUGCUCUCAGUCAAUUUGAAAACUGUAUAGCUUAUAGACCAGACCCUCUUCAGUUUUCUCAAGUAUCUCAAGCCAUUUCUGGCUUACUGAAGAACACAUGCAGUCGGGUCAAGAUAGCUGACCUGGUGUCAAGACUUAUCUGUGAGAACCAAGAGACAGGUUCCUCUUGUGUGACAGAAGAGCAUGUCUGGCAGGACACUACCUCCAGGUUCAUCCAACAACUCCAAAACACUUUCCAUUGUUUUAAAGAUGUCACUGAUCCAUUUGUUAAGGCUCUGUACACAAUGAAGUUUGGACUUAGGAUAUUGUCUGACAAAGCUGACAGAAUGUUACAAGUGAAGAAGUUUGGCUGUAUUCAAAGUAUUGCUAAAACAGUAGAAGACUUGUGCAGUUUUCCAACUGUCUCUUUUUCUCGGCCCAAUCUGCUGCAGUUAGCCAAUCAGUUAAUUCAGAAUGUUUGUAGUGAACUGAUCUGUAGUGUUUCCGACUCAGACAAAUAUAUCCACAGCAUUAAAUCAAGGUUGCUUGUUUGUGCCCUGUUCUUAGUAAAAGCUCACUGUUACAGCAACAGACAAUUAGACAGAGAAGUCAUGAUGACACUAACACAUAUUUUAGAUGACUUCACCCAUGCCUGGACUCAGCAGGAGGAACUAAGAAAGUGUAAAGAGGCAGAGAAAUCUUCACUCUUUGUCUAUAAGGAUGAAAUUCAUGGAGAUACUAGGUCUGAAAAAGAAAAAGAAGAGGCAGAUUUCAGGGCAGCUUAUCCUAGUUUUGAAUUGGCUUUCAUUGAUGUAACUGGAGCCAACAGACUGGAAGAUGUAGGUCUAGAAGCCAGAGCAUCAGAUUCUAUAGGAGCAAGUGAGCCACUUAAAGGCAUCAAUAUGCUAGAGAUGGUUCUGAUCAGCUCUGUACACAGAGAUCUCAUGACUUCAUUGAGCCAAGCUGAUUGGCUGGACAGAGUUCAAUGUAACUUCAAGCAGGACAUAGAUGUGUUGACUUCCUCUCUAAUGUCCUACCAGAUUGGUGCUGAAGUAGUCAAGAGUGUCUAUCAUGUGUUAGAUAAUGCUACAGAUCAAAGUAUCUUGGGUUCCCAUGUGUUGUUUGCCUCAUCACUACUGCAGAAUUUAAGGGAUGGAGAGGAACAGGUUACUUCAGAGAAAACAUACAAUAUUUAUUCUGAUUCUAAUGUGUGUGAAGUUAUCAAAUGCAAACCUGUGUUGGAGAAUUUAAGAAAGCGUGUUGCUGAGCUGUUGGCAGAGUGGCCUGAGCACCCAACUUUGUUACUGCUGAAUCAGUUAAUGGACAGAAUCCUGACCUUCUCAGUGACAGAACCAGUGAUGAAGUUCUUGACUGGAUUAGAACUUGUCCUACAAAAAGCUCAGGACUGGGAGAGCAAUGCUGCUUCAUUUGUCUCUAUGUCCAUCCAACUGGGAGAGAUUAGUCAACUUAUAGUUCACUGGAGGAAACUAGAGUUAAGUUGCUGGAAGAGUUCUCUAGACAGAGAGGAAGUGACUUGUCAAGAUAAAGCUAGCCAUUGGUGGUUUCAUCUUUACCAAUUACUCUCCUGUUAUAUCAACAAUGAGCAAUCACAAGAUGAACAACAGAGUUGUAAAGAUGAUCUGGUGACAUCAUUGAAGACAUUUAUGGAAAGUUCUUCAGUUGGAGAAUAUGAUGUACGACUUGACAUGUUGUUAGCAUUCCAUUGUCAGCUUGUGCAUGUGCAGGACAGUCCUACAAGCAAACAACUUCUUCAUUUGUUAUGGAAUCUCUAUCAGUUCUACAAACAAUAUCAAAACCAGGUUAGGCAUGAAAUAAAGACAAUGAGAGAACCUAUAGAGAAAAAGUUGAAAGGUUUUGUCAAGAUUGCUCGUUGGAAUGAUAUGAACUACUGGUCAUUAAAAGCAUCCACAGAAAAGACACAUAGAACUGUUCAUAAAUUUAUCAAAGAAUAUCAAGCUGUGUUACAUCAACCUGUCAAAACUUUGUUAGGAGACAAGAAAGAUGAUCAAUUGAGUUCAGAGGUCAGAGAGUCUACAGGAUUCUGUCUGGAAACAACAGUCCAAGAGGUCACUGGGAAGCUGAAGGAAAGUGUAACACUGAAUGAGUCUAUUGGUGUGAUCCAGCCCUACCAGCCUCCUGCUGCUCUAAGUGGCAUCACUUUAUUACCCAGACUUCAGUCUUUGUUUAAAAAGAUGAAAAAGCAUUUACUGAAAUGUGUUGAAGAUCCAGGUUUGAUGAAGAAUGUCCUGAUCCUGGAUGACUUCACAGGGGAGUUAAUUGAGGCAAUACAUUCUCUCCAGUCCCUCCAAGUAACACCAAGCUCAGAUAAAGAAAAACAACAAAAAGAAGCUCAUUCUAUCAACUUAAGAAAACGUAAAAGGUUGGCUGAACUCUUCCAGUAUCUGUCGGAUUUAGGUCUGUCCUUUAGGAAAGGUGUCAUUAAAAACAACAAAAUUGCUCUGGCAGAGGCUUUAGAGGUUCCACCAGUACAUUUAAGUACAAGUUCAGGAUUGCCAGUCUCCAGACUUUGGUCAAGUUGUGAUCAGUAUUUCUACAAGUGUAUGUCUAGACAUGCUCAGUUCAACUCAGCUAUUAUCUCACCAUCUAAGGAGCUGGGAAUGUCAGAGGUAGAAAGAUGUAGAGGUUUUAUAGAACACUUCUCUCAACUGUAUGUAGACCAGAGAUAUAGACUAGUACAACUGACUCAAGAUUUGUCUUCAUUAAGAAAAUAUUUUGAUGCUGUUACCACCUUAAUGGAAAAUGUAAGUUUACCUCCACAAGGUCAAAGUUCAUUAUUUCUGGCCAAGACUAAACAUUUAGCCACCAAAUUGUGUCAAGGUCUAAGCCAAACUAUACUUCUGCUAGAAGCUUGUCCUAAACAGCCUGACAGUCCUUCACCUCUAGCCAAACCUAAACUUUCUCCUUCAGCUGUGUGGACCCAUGGAGAUGUGUCGUGGAAACAUUGUCUUGAUCUACUACAGUCCUUACAAAGUAAGGUAACUAAGGCACAAGAGAAACUAGAGACACUCUCAAGCAAACUGUUACUGGGCAGAGAAGACAUGGUAGUUGUGUCCCACACCAUGGAGAUCUUUACUUCGUUCUUACAGCACUUUGACUGGAUAUCUGCUCAAUUCUCUGAUUGCUCUGGAGCACAGAGCUGUUUCACUGCUACAGUAAACUACCUGGCUCUUGAAGUGACUCAGUUGAACCAGGAGUUUACUGACUGGUGGGACCAUCUGAAAUGUGACUCUGAGCCUCCAAGUGUACAAGUGGCUGGGUUAAGUUUAAGAUGUGGAAAGGUUUUGUCACAUCUGUCACUUCCUGCUCAUGUAGAAUAUGGGGAAAAAACUCUUCAGUUUGUCAGGAGUGUGGAGUCUUUUGUAGAGGGAAUGUUACUGAGUGUCCAGAAUGUAGUAGCUCAAGCACAAAUGACUUCUAAUGAAGAGCUCCAAGAAGCUCAUAUAACUAAACAUCUUCUGGACAUGGAGACAAGUUUACUUAGUAAACUGAACUGUGCCAAGAGAAUAUCCAAGUUUGAAGAGCUUCUGAACAGUUUAAGGAGUAUGUCAGAUACUGUGUCAUAUGAUAAUCAGAGUCAGACAGAUAAAGAAAGUGUGAGUUUCUGUGCCAAGACACUUCUUCAUUGUCAGCCAUUGAUCAAGUCUUUCAGUAAUCUGAUAGAAGUACAACUUGUACAGUCUGUCUCACUGCACCGAUGUCUUGGCAAACUGUUAUCUGUCUUGUUGUCUGUCUUCACUGAACUUUCACAAAAGGGAUUUUGUCUUCCUCCUGAACUGAGUGAUGAGAUGUCUGCUGAGGGUGCUACAGAGUUCAAGGACAUUGAAGGAGGUGGCCUAGGGGAAGGAGAAGGUGCUAAAGAUGUCAGCGAUCAGAUUGAGUCUGAAGACCAGCUGGAAGGUGUGAAAGGCUUAGACAAUCCAAGCUCUGAGGAACCAAAAGAUGUGCCUUCCGAAGACAAUGCCAUUGAAAUGUCUGACGACUUUGAUGGCAAAAUACAAGAGAAUGAAACUAAUGACAAGGAAGAUAAUGAUGACGAUUCAGACAAAGGUGAAGAAGAAGAGAUGGACAAACAAAUGGGAGAUGUAGAGGAUGACAACAAUGACAAACUUGAUGAUAGAAUGUGGGGGAGUGAUGAGGAGGAAGAUCAUGAAGACAAGCCUGAUGAACAAGGAGGAGAUGGUGUAGACCAACAAAUGGAAGAGAUGGUAGCUAAAGAGGAUAUUAAGGACAAAGCUAAGGAACAUGAUGAUGAGAGAAACAAAGAAGAGAAUCGAGAAGAGAAUAAAGAAGAGAAUAAAGAAGAAGAAAAAGAUGAUUAUGAUGACAACCAAAUCAACCCUCACAAUGUUGACAAUGAAGAGAAGACAGAAGAAUUAGAGCUGCCUAAAGAUCUACAACUAGAUGAUGAAACUGCUGGGGACAAAGGGGAUGAAGAGAAAAUGGAAACAGAAAAUGAUGAAGACACUGAAAGAGCAGAUGAAAGUGAAAGUGAUAAAUGUGAUGAUGCAAAUGGUCAAGGCAGCAAUGAGAAUAAAGAGACUGAGGAAUUCCCUGCUGCUGAGGAGGUGGAGAAGGAAGGGCUGGAUGAGGAGGAGAAGGAAGGGGUGGAUGACUUUGAAACCAUGAAAGCAGAAGACCAGGAAGAGGAUGACCAGUCAGCUGUAAAGGAAGAUAAGCCUAGUUCAGAACUGAAGAGUGAGGACAAGUCCAGUCAGGACAAUGUGGUAGUGGAUGACCAAAGUGGAGCUGAUAACCAAACUGUUGAAAGCAGUGCUAGUCAAGUUGUCCAACCAGACUCCUCUGAAAAACAAAUGGAGGAUAAGGAAGAAGAAAGAGAAGGCGCUGGCGCAGCAAGCUCAGAAGAUCAAUCUGGACAUAAAGGUAGAAAUUCACAACAAAACACAGAUGGCGAUGAACAAGAGACAAAGCAAGAGAAACAUGCAGGAGAAUCCAAUGCUGAUAGAACUCUAGGCAGCAAUGAGAAAGAACAUCGUCAUUUAAAGACUCUGAAAGAGUCCAAAGAACAGAAGCAAGAGACAAAGACCAUCUCUAAAGCUCAGGAAUAUGAACAUGUGAGAGAUGCUCAGUUGGAAACAGAUGCUCAAAAUGUAGAUGCUGCCACUAAAGAUCAAAUGCUAGAGAAACAAGCUGUGCCCACACAGGAGGAGGAUGGAGAGUCCAUGAAUGAGGAUGAGGAAGUUGAGCCAGACAUAGAGAACAGUGAAGAUGUGGAAAUGUUUGAUCUCCCUGAAAUGCAGCCAGUUAAACCAAGGCAAGAUGGAGAAACUUGUCAAGACAACACUGAAGACAACAAAACUGGAGUUGAGAAAGAAAGUGUUGAAAUAGAAGGAGACAAAAUACUAACAAUGACAGCAGAGAGACCACCAGAGUCUAGCAUACACACAGUGAUAGACAAUCUUCAGUUGAGUCAUGAAGUAGACAUCCAUUUACUGAGGUCACAACUGGAGGAAAAUAUUCACAUCUGGUCUGAAGAUCCUACUGGACUUUUGAUGCAAGCAGCCAUUGAAGCCUGGCAGAAGUAUUACAGUUUGACGUCCCAACUGGCCCAGGAGCUGUGUGAACAACUCAGACUUAUACUGGAACCAUCUAAAGCUACAAAACUCAAGGGAGACUACCGCACAGGCAAAAGAUUAAACAUGAGAAAGGUUAUCCCUUACAUAGCCUCACAGUUUCGCAAAGACAAGAUUUGGCUGAGGAGAAGCAAGCCCAGCAAGAGAAAUUACCAGAUCAUGAUAGCUGUUGAUGAUUCAGCCAGUAUGGCUGACAGCCAUUCCAAACAGUUGGCGUUUGAGUCUCUAGCUCUGAUCUCCAAUGCACUGACACUUUUAGAAUCUGGAGAAUUGGCAGUUUGUAGCUUUGGGGAGGAGAUGCGCUUGCUUCAUCCAUUCUCUGAGCCAUUUACUAACGAGUCAGGGGCUAACAUUUUACACCUAAUGACAUGUCAACAGAAGCAAACGAAAUAUGGAAUGCUUCUAGACAAUGCAGUCCAUUUGAUCAAGCAAGCUGCUAGUUCUGCUCACACAUCAGCCAUGAAUGUAGACACUGCUCAACUUUUGCUGAUAUUGUCUGAUGGACAAGGUGUUUUUAGAGAAGGAAUGGACUUUGUAAAGCGUGCUGUUCGCAGAGCUCGAUCAGCUAGGAUCUUCAUUGUCUUUGUCAUCCUGGAUAAGAAAGGUUCAAUUUUAGAUGCUCGUGUACCUAUAAUGGAUUCUACAGGGAAGGUUCAAGAAAUCAAGUCUUACCUUGAAAUGUUUCCAUUUCCAUUCUACAUUAUUCUCAGAGACAUCAAUUCAAUGCCUCAGAUACUGAGUGAUGCAUUACGACAGUGGUUUGAAUUGGUCACUGCUUCAGACUCAAGUACAUAAGUUCAGUUUAGUCUUUCAGUCAGUUGUGACUUACUUCAUGGCAAAUGUUAUUUUAUUGAUUAUGGUUACAAUUUAAUUCAUUAAUUAUAUAUGAAUGUAUUAAUUAGUAUUAAUAAUUAAUGGUAAAUUAUUUGUUGCAUUACAAGUUCAUGAUGAAUAAAAUGUGAAAUAUAUGUAAAUAUGUCACCAAAACAGACAAUAAACUAUGAAAAGCC